AUGCACAGGGUAUUUUCAUCAUCUGGCAGUGUUACGAACAGUAACGCUGCUAUGAUCACAUUCAUCACUGAAUCAUGGCACGUAUAAUACAAUUUUGGAAUUUAGAAACCCCAAGAAUAUCAUCUACGUCCUUCUUUAUCGCAAUCCGGCCUCCGGGCACAAUCCCAAUCAAAAUUUGAAACUUCAAGUUUGAACUUUGGCACUGCACCUCGGCCCUUUGGCAUUCCGCAUCAAGGGGCGGAGAGUGUGAGAAAAGUCGUGGGAAAAUCAGUCGAAUCACUUUCCCAUCGGAAGUUACCGUGAGUCUUUUUGUUUUGUGAUUGUUUUGAUGUCACAACCUGUUGGAGUGAGGUUGAUUAGUAACCAUGACCUUUUAAUAUUGUUCAUGUUCUAAUUGUUCUUUUUCAGUCUAAUGAACAAGUUCUGCAAUGAUUUUAAGAGGCAAAGAUUGGAAUAUGGUAAGUCUAUUAAAGUUCUAGUCAAAUUUUGAGCGGUUUCCACGUCAUUCGAAUUACUUUUGUCAUGAAUAAUAAAAGUUUUUCAGGGUACUCCCAGGCUGAUGUUGCUCUCUCGAUAAGUCGCCGAUUCGGCACGGAUCUCUCCCAGACCACAAUCUCUCGUUUCGAGGCAUACAAUUUAUCUCCUAAGAACAUGUUUAAACUGAAGCCAAUCUUUGAGAGUUGGAUUGCGCAAGCAACGGAGUCCUUUAGACGGGGAAUUUGUGCUCAGAACUUCCUCCAAUCGGAUAUCGUAGCUGCUCAGGGAAGAGCAAAAGCCGUCGGAAUGGAUUUGAACAUGAUUUUGCCGGAUGAAUCAAGCGUAUGUUCAGACCUUCUUUUACAGUAUACUUCCGAAUAUUAGACUAGAAGAUGACGUAAUGUCGUGGCUUGUUUGACGCAAAUUCGAUUUUCAGAAUCCUGCGGGUCCAACUCAGUCAGAUUUCGAUCAAUUUCGAAAUUACUUUGACUCUCCGUUGGACAUUCCCCUUCCUCCAGAUGGUGCAAUUGUCAAGGCGGAGCCUGCGGGUUGUCAAGAGGCCCCUCCUUUCCCAGAAUUUGAUGGCAAUGUUCCUUAUCAUUGUUAUCCCUCUCCUCCGCCUGAGGCGUCUUCUUUAUUCAUGUCGCAGAAUCAGGCAGACAUUGUCAACGAAUUUAUGAGUUAUCCCGAGGAUAUGAGUCUGUUGGUAAAUGACAAAAACUCGAUUCAAAUCACUGAACCGGCCCCAGUCCACGAGCCCAUUCCGGUCCAGAUCCAUGAUCAAAACCUCUCUGAAGUCAAUAAUGGCAGCACGAAACGUCGACGAAAUGGAACGGAGAAGAAGAGAAUGGCUCAGGAACAACCUCCGAUGACUCCGAUUUCCGUCCCGAUUGUGUUCGUGCCAGGAGACCCGAUUUACGUAGGGCGGAAGCGAAGAAAGAGAACGGUAUUGACGGAUGAACAACGUAACUAUUUGAUCGAUAAGUUCCACCAAUGUCCAAGUCCAUCAGCAUCGGCCAUCACUCAGAUUGCAAAUGAGUUGGAUUUGGAUCGAUUUGUAAGGAUUCUCGGGUUUGAUUGUUAUUGUGGAUUUAGGUGGUCAGAGUGUGGUUUGCCAAUAGACGGCAGAGUCUGAAGAAGCGGCGGAUGAAUGGUUUCGAUGAUGAUUUUUUCGAUGGCUUCCAUGGAAGAGACACCAAGGGUGAUCAGAAUGAAAUGAACGAAUUAUCAGAUAAUGUGGUCAAGUUCGAAGAGCUACGGCCAGCAAAGAGGGAAGAUGUAAGUUUUUGGAUUUUUUCUUGGGUUUUCUACAGAUUAGAUCAUAUUGGCAUGGUGGAUAAUAAUAAAUAUUUUGGCCACUUAUUGUCUCACAUGUAGUACUAUCGCUGAUUUGAUGAUACUUUAGCUCCAAUCAGCAGAACUUUUCAUCCCAUCCAUCCCAUAUUCACCGUAUUCCAUCCAACUUGAUGACCAUUACGUCCCGAAUGACCCGACCAUUUUCCAUCCACCUUUUGCACCCCAGCCAAUGUUCCCCUCGGGUCCGCCACCCCCUCCCAUCGAUGGUAACGAAUACUUUUGGAACUCAAUGUAUCAUCCUUUUGAGUCGUACUAA